GACUCACUGUACAAGACCUCCACCCCUUCACUAUAUCAGCAGGAAGUGUGUUGGGGGUCUUUGUCUGGUCUGUAGCAGAGUGUCCAUCCUGACCCUAACUGGGACACACACACACCACUGAAAAUGAGGACCAGACACUCUGGCAGUAGAGUGUGAGGGACUCGCCCAGUGACACGUUCACAGCUCUUCAGAGAGAUGCUCAGCCCUCUGUGUAUCAGACCAUUCAGGGGAGAAAACCACCACAGAGCCUGGACUGAAGAGAACCACCACAGAGCCUGGACUGAAGAGAACCACCACAGAGCCUGGACUGAAGAGAACCACCACAGAACAUGGACUGAAGAGCUAUGGCACCAAACCAAAGCUCGUCCUUACACUCUAUUCUCUUGCUAAUAUAUUGUUAUAAUAUAAUGAAGGUUCACCCAAGUUACAAAAUGACACAUUGGUUUCCCUUCCCUUUUAGCAGUCCAUGAACAUGGUAACAUCAGUCCCUGCUUUGGUUUAGUUUCCACCGACACUGUUUCCACUUGCUAACGUUUUAGCAUUCGUGGCACAAAUCCCAUUCAAGUAAUGUGACCGAUAAGAGGCAUUUCUCGCACACAAUGUCAAAAUCAUUCAAAAGUUUAAAAAAUGCGUUGUGAAGCUCAACAAAGUCACUUAUAGAUGAUUUGAACAUGUGAGAAUGUUAAUAUGUGAAAUAUUAACAUUGGUCCCAUGACUUGAAUGGGAUUUUUGUUACAAAUGCUAUAAUGUUAUGUACAUGUGGGAGUGUUCGACAUUGCAGCCAACAUUAUAGGCAAGUCAAGAUCUACAAAUCACCUUGCAUGAUAAAUAACUACUCAAUAUUAUUAAUAGACCAGUCAGUCACACUUUACCCAUCAUACAUCACAGUUUUGAUGCUCUUGAAUACUGUCUGUGUGACUGUGGAAUGAAGCCUUCUGCACAAGUGUCUUAGUUGCUGACAUAGAGUUGGAUAGAGGGUAUAUCUUGGCAUCUUUGUCAUGAUGUCUUCUGUGACAGAAUGAGCAGUGCCAUUGAGGACUAUUUCUAUUUUGAAGUAGUUAAUAUCUUCAACUUCCAUAAGUUUAAUAACAGUCGGUAUACCAACUGAAAUGGUGUGUUCAAUGGCUUUAGUCAUGCUAAAAUGGGCUUUGAAGCAAGUACGCCCUCUAUUCGACUCUAUUGUCCCUGACUGCUUCAAAGUUGUGUCAACCACAGACUUCAAACCUCACACUCAGUGUCUAUUUACAUAGACUACCAGUAAGUUAACUUGCAACACAUCUCCCCUUCACUCUACUGCAGGGUGGGAGAUGCAACAAUGGCCUUGAGAACAGCAGGAAGUGUGUUGGGGGUCUUUCUCUGGUCUGUAGCAGUGGUACUGAGUCAGAAUGGCUGGAGUGUUACAUACACCAGUCAGAGUAUCUGUACCUUGAAGGGGUCAACAGUGGAGAUGUCCUGCUCUUACACAUAUCCCAGUGGUACAGUCACAUCAACCUUGUGGUUCACUAAAGUUUAUGAUGUGGAGAAUUAUGUGAGUCUGUUAGAUGACCCAGACUACAAAGGUCGUGUGAUGUACCGUAGUGAUAAGACGAAUGGACAUACCCUGACAAUCACAGACCUGAGAGAGAGUGACUCAGCUACGUACAUGUUCAGAUUUAUAACAAAUCAGACCAAAGGGAAAUAUUUUGGGAGCCCUGGAGUCACUUUGUCUGUUCCAGACCUGCAGGUGAAGGUGACCACUACAUGGUGGUCAAUGACACUGACCUGUAGCACCACCUGUACUCUGACUGACAACCCCACCUACAUCUGGUACAGGAACAGUAAGAUUGUACAAGAGGACUCCUCCCCCUCGUACUCAGUCUACUUUGAAACUGAAGACAGCUUCUACUGUGCUGUAAAAGGCAUCAAUUCUCCUGCAGUGUAUGGCCCAAAGAACACCUCAGUGUCAGUCAGUCCCUCCGGUGAAAUAGUGGAGGGCAGUUCAGUGAAUCUGACCUGCAGCAGUGAUGCCAACCCACCUGUGGACAAAUACACCUGGUACAAGAUAACAUAUAAGAAAAUGUCAAUGAGACAUUCUGGACAGAGUUACACCAUCCAUAAUAUCAGCUCUGAGGACAGAGAGGGAUACUACUGUGAGGCUCUGAACAUUAUAGGGAGAGAACAUAUCCCUGUCCAUAUUAAUGUUACAUCUGUGUUUCCCUGGGUUCCUGUGGUGGGGGUGGGGGCUGUCCUGACUGCUGGAGCUCUGCUCUUCACCAUCUACUGCACUCUGAAGAGGAGAUCCACUGGAGGAAGUGAUACCACAGCAGACACACUGAAUGUGACAGACUCUCCCAGUGACACAGACCCUCAUAUAGAUGCUGAGCCCUCCGAUUAUGAGAACUGGAGCAAACCACAAAAGAACCUGGACUGAAGAGAACCACAACAGAACCUGGACCAAAGAGAACCACCAUAGAACUUGGACUGAAGAGAACCAAAACAGUACCUGGACUGAAGAGCAACAGCAUCAAACCAAAGCUAGGCCUCACAAUGCUAUUCUCUUACUAUCAUAAUGCUUUAUAGUCUAGAAGGUUUGAGACAAUGAGCUUUAACUUCUGAGUAAGUGCUGGAAUUUAGAUUGUUCUCCUAAUGAUAAAUACAGUAUGUGUCUAGAUGAUCAAUACAGUAUGUGUCUAGAUGAUCAAUACAGUAUGUGUCUAGAUGAUCAAUACAGUAUGUAUAUAGAUGAUAAAUGAUCAAUACAGUAUGUGAAUAGAUGAUCAAUACAGUAUGUAUCUAGAUGAUCAAUGGGAUAGAUUGUGCUUCUGCUAUUUUUCUUUAAGAUUUUGCCAUUUCCAAAAUUUGAUUACAUUUCACAUAAAAAUAAUUGUAACUCUUUAUUAGCAAAUGAAUAGUGUGAGUCUUGGCGAUAUAGGCUCUGCUCCUUCAGCAGUAAACUAUACCACUCCCCCAGCAGGAACACAGAACCUAACAGGUGGAGGCUGGGGUGGUGGGAGGAGCUACUCUCCUGCUCAUGAUCAGAAAACAUUGCUUCUCACUCACUGUAUAGCAACAUGGUUGAGGCUACUUUCUCCUUGUAUGGAUGAGGGAGAAUUCUCCAUGAUGGUUCACGGAGCGCACUGACUCAGCUCAAAAGCUGAUAUUGGGAAGAAACAAGUAGGCAGUAUGAUAGGUUACUCUAGAUGCUAUUUUUACUUAGCUAGUUUGUAGCUGGCAAUUGACUGACAACAGAGCAGCAACAUCGUUGAUCCUCACAAUCAAUCACAUACCCGCAGCAGCCAAACAUUGCAACAUGAGCAUAUUGAACGAUGCGGGCGAGGUUCAAACACAGCCAGCGAGCAUUCACAAAGAAAAUAUUAUAUCAGAAAUCAGCAGCAUAGUGAGAAACAGCUAGUUACAGUAGCAGAGUCAACGGAGGACAAGAAGCCAGCGUAGAGUAACAGUAGCAGCAGCAGAGUCAAUAGAGGACAAGAAGCCAGCGUAGAGUAACAGUAGCAGCAGCAGAGUCAACAGAGGACAAGAAGCCAGCGUAGAGUAACAGUAGCAGCAGCAGCAGAAUGAUGUGAGAUCAGAACCGGUCAGUUUAAUAGACCACAGAAUGAGAUGGUGGUGAAUGAUACUAGUCUCUAAUUGGACACUCAGGUUUCCUUCCUGAACUGGCCUACUGUUCUUGUGUACUUAUCUGUUUACUAUCUGUAGAUUCUAUUUGCUCAUCUUUUCUAUUGGAUUUUGCCAACUCCUGAUUUUUUUUAUAACAUAUAAAGUUAUGUCUUGUCUUAGUGACACAAAAAGGAAUUAUAUUGACAAGAGCUUUUAAAUGUUUGUAUCUCUGGAGUUGUUCCUGAUGUGUUAAAAUAUGUUUUACUUUGUAUUGCUGUCAGUCAUUACUGGUCAUUCUCUAUUUUAUAUUAUGUAAUACUAUAUUGUUCAGUGUCAUGAUAUUGCUUGUUUUAUUUUCAAAUGAUUAAUUAUUCAUUAGUACAUUUAUUUGAGACACAUUGAACACAGUAUAAGCAUCAUGUUGUAAAUAAGCUCAAAGGUAGACAAUAAAUAGACAACAAAUACAUUGA